AUGAUUGACGUGAAGUACAGCCUGUGCUCUGUUGUACUGCAAUGUGCUGUGAAUGAGGGCGAGCUCUGCGGCGCCAAUGGUCUGCCCGUCACUCCGGCGUCCAUCGCAAUGAUCGGUCACUUCAAGGCGUUCAUCGACUCUCACCAUCACUUCCACGACAAUCCCUUCAAUCAGUAUUUGACUCAAUAUUUGGAUUGCAUUCGCAAUAAGAAAGGUUUGUCUCAAUCGCCGCCCAAAGCCCUGUCCCCCUCACCCGCCCUCUCAACCGCUGUUAUCCCGAAGAAAUUGACACUUAUUUUCGAGCACUACUUGAACGCACUGCCGGUGGAGGACAUGGAUCUGUUGGCCACCAACUCAUUGCUGGCCUUAUAUCACAUGCACUACAAUAUGGGUUGUGUUCACGGAUUGGUAACACCGGACGCACUGGUCUUCGACGGCCGUACAGUCAAAGUGACCCAUUGGGCUAUCAAUGCCAUCACCAAUGGUGGCAAACACUGUGACGCCAAUAUGAUUGUACCGGAUGACACCCGAUUCCUGCCGUACGAACAGCUCUAUGGCAUAACUGUGUGCAAGAAGUCCGAUGUCUGGUCACUGGCGCUGACAUUACUGGCGAUUAUCGAACCAAACAUUAAAUUAUCAGACAAUCCGUCGGAUAUUGUUUCGUGUCUUAACUCCAAAGAAGUGUUAAUCAAAGUCGAGGCAAAUAUCACCAAAUUUCCGGAGAAGUGGCAAAAGUUUUUCCUGUCAGCCCUUCAACCGAAACCGGCCGCCAGAGCCACAGUCAAAGAGUUGUUGAAAAUAUUAGAGAUACCGGUGCCUGAAGUCGAUUAUCAACAGUUGAAUGAGUUGUUGAGAUAUCCCAAACUCGACACCAAUUAUGGGAGCAAAGAACUCAUCACAAUCCACGAGAUCUAUCACUUGUAUUGUCUGGCAUUUCCCGCCACUCGAGAUCAAAGUCAAGAGAAACUGCACAAAAAGCCACCGAUUUUUACGUUACCGACGCUUGUCUUGAGGGACGACAAGAGCACGAGUGGAGAGACUGUUAAGCAAAAGAGUUUUCUCAAAAUUCCGGCCAAUAAUGAGUUACAACUCCUACCCAUCGAUAAACUCAUUGAACGCCUCAACCAAUUGUCACCCCAUCUGUUCUGUCCAUUAAUACUGACGCCCGGAUUCAACGCCGUCUAUAACUCACCGAACCUACCGAUUGGUAUCCGGGAAAACGAUUUUGACUACCAGUGCGAGAGGAUUAUGAUUUUCAGGCGUUUGAUCGAAGGCGCCCCAUUCACGCGCACCCAACUGCUAUCGUGCGCUAAAGUAGACAUUCCCCCGCUAUACCGGCCCCAGACAUGGGCCCACAUUCUCAACAUUAAAUGGUCUGAU